AUGUCCAUCUUUUCCAACGCCAACUUGACAUUCAUUCAGCAACAUGCAUCUAAUACGCUUCCUUCACCUCCGUCACCUAACUUAUUCACGCUUCCAUCGCCAUUUGAUCCAAAUAGGCCCAUUCAUCGUCCUUAUGACUAUCAACAUCCUACGAAUGAUUCUUGCUCAAUUUCCUCCAUCGAGCUGCGACCUUUGAUGAAACGUAAUAUCAUCACACCAGCAGUUUUAGCUUCAUCAUCAGACCAUUGCCGACUCCCUUCAUUGCAAAACAUGCUAGCAUCACCGCCACCUGAAGAUCGUCCAUCCAAUACUACUAGCAGCCAUCAUAAUAAUACUCAUGAUGCCAAAGUUACAUCAUUUCAUCGUGAUCAACAGCCUAUCGCAUCCCAUCUUGUCAAACGCGGUCGAUCAAAUGAUGCUGCUGUCAUUAUUCACGAGCAACAACAACAUGAUACCUUUACUCAAAAGAAGUCCAAACAUCGCCACCAUGACGAUACGCGUGGUUUAAGGCACUUUAGCAAGCAAGUGUGUGACACGGUUGCAAGGAAAGGUAUCACCACGUACAAUGAGGUUGCCGACGAGUUGGCAUCGAGCAUCCGUGCCAGUAGUAGUGACAAUGCGAGCUGUACCACAACAAGCUUGGAUCAAAAGAACAUUCGUCGCCGUGUUUAUGAUGCUCUUAAUGUUCUUAUGGGCACAGGCAUCAUUGCCAAAGACAAGAAGAACAUCAAAUGGGUAGGCGAUAUUGCGUGCACUGACGAGCAUGUUGCACACGAUAUGCAUGGUCAACAUCUUGACCAUUUGCAAGCUCAAAUUCACCGUGAACAGGUUCACCAAGCAACGCUCGUGGCAUCCCUUGAUGAAAUGAGCCAUCUAAUUCGAGAUAAGCUUCAACAGCACGUGCAGCUAUGUCAUCUCAUUUGGAGAAACCAGCAAAGGAAUGACAAGUCCACACCAUCACCUCCCAAUCACGCCCGCGUUGAGCUUCCUUUUUUCCUUGUAUCAUCGCUCGAUGAUGAGGAACAGGGCGGCAUGCAAAUUCAAGUGCGAGAUGAUGGUCAUUAUGCCGAAAUAUCCGAUAUUAGCAUGGCUCACGGUGAAGCACGCAUCAUUUACGAGGAUGUUGAUGUGCUUGAAUCUCUUGGAUUGAAUAACAUCACGCAUGAACAACUUGAUGCAUGGUUACCCAAUGAUCCUGCAUUACGCGCCUUUGUAUCCGUGCGUCGAUGUAGUGGUGGUGAUGGCACGAUCGUAUGUUUGCAGUCGUCACGUACUUCAAAUCAUGUCACGUGA